AUGUCCAGCCAACUUGCUCCCUACAAGCAGGAAUUCCUCAAGGCGGCCAUUGAGGGUGGCGUCCUGAAGUUCGGAAGCUUCGAGCUCAAGUCCAAGAGAAUAUCACCUUAUUUCUUCAACGCUGGCGAGUUCCACACUGCCCGUCUCGCCGGUGCUAUCGCGUCCGCCUUUGCCAAGACCAUCACUGAUGCCCAGCAAAACGCCGGCCUGGAGUUUGACGUUGUCUUUGGGCCCGCGUACAAGGGAAUACCUCUCUGCUCCGCCAUCACCAUUAAGCUCGGUGAGAUUUCCCCCGAAAAUUUGGACGCUGUCUCCUACUCCUUCGACAGAAAAGAGGCCAAGGACCAUGGCGAAGGCGGCAGCAUUGUCGGCGCCCCUCUCAAGGGCAAGAAGAUUCUCAUCGUGGACGAUGUUAUAACUGCCGGCACUGCAAAGAGAGAAGCCAUUGAAAAGAUCAGACGGGAGGGUGGUAUCGUCGCGGGUAUUGUCGUGGCCCUCGACCGCAAGGAGAAGCUGCCCGCUGCGGAUGGCGACGACUCCAAGCCAGGUCCUAGCGCUAUUGGCGAGCUGAGAAAGGAGUACGGUAUUCCCAUCUUUGCUAUUCUCACCUUGGACGACAUCAUUGCGGGUAUGAGGAGCUUUGCUUCUGAUGAUGAAAUCAAACGGACUGAGGAGUACCGCCAGAAGUACAAGGCCACGGACUAG